CUUAAAAUGGAGAAAAAUGUUCAAUUCAGAGUUCAGACACCUAAAGAAGAUGAAUCGGAGGUUGAUAUUGAUGUUGUUAGCUCUAGUGAGGGCUCAGAGUCAGAUGAAAUCCCUGAAGAAAUUAGUGAUAGUUGAGAUGUAGUAACUCCUCAGAAAGAAAAAGCUCACACACCAAUUCGCGAAAUCAGGAGCAUCCUAUCAUCAAAAGAUAAGAGGAAAAAAAGCGGAUCUGCAAAGAAGCAUGUCAGAAUCCGCCACCAGAACAUCGAGUCUAAACCUGGUGAGUCAAGUGACUUCUUCAGUCGCAGAAUUUCGACUAGUGAAGAGAGGUUCGUCAGGGAGAUCGAUGCUUACCAGCACGAAGACACUAAGACUAUCUCACAUAAGAAUGAGUAUGGGUUCCUUGAAGGUAGCAAUAAGCUUACUGAUGAACAAAUUAUGCGUAUGACUGGGUCUAGCUUUAUAAAGAAGCAAAUUGAUAAAUAGAGUCAAGGGCAAAGACAAAAGUGAUAAGAAGACCCAGUAUGUGAGGAUUAAGAAGUGGCAGAGGAUGUUAGAGACUUAUCCGUACAAAGGAGGGAAGAAAAAGGAUACGUAUAAGGUUCAUUCUAAGCUUAAGUCCAGAGCUAGGAAGGGAAUACCGGAUUCGUUUAGAGGUACUGCCUGGAAAACUCUUGCUUGUAUUGAAGAGGUGAAGGAAGAAAAUAGCUCAGUCACGUAUUUUGACCUUUUUAAUGAAGAAUCUAAGAAAGAUAUCGAUUCAAUCAUGAAGGAUAUUUCAAGAACUUUUCCAAACCACUGAUUCUUCAAAAAGAAGUUUGGAAGAGGCCAAAAAGCAUUAUUCAAUGUUCUCAGAGCUAUAGCCAAUUACGUAAAGGAAAGUGGAUAUGUUCAAGGUAUGGGCUAUAUCUCUGCAAUUCUCCUGAUGUACAUUCCAGAAGAGGAGGCAUUCUGGACAAUGGCUUCUAUUCUAUCGAAAUACGACCAUAUCAAAUAUUUCAAACCAAAGAUGCCAGGAUUAUGGGAGACUUUCUACGUCUUCCAGAAAUUAAUGAAGAAGAAACUUCCUAAAGUACAUGAUCAUUUAAGGAACCUAAAUCUAUGUCCAUCUAUGUAUGCUUCUCAAUGGUUCAUGACCCUUUGCAGUGUAGGGUUUCCUUACGAGUGCACUAUCAGAAUCUUCGACUGAUUUCUGACCGAAGGACCCAAGGUCCUAUAUAGAGUGGCUCUGUAUAUUUUGAAAGAAAAUGAGGAAGAACUGCUAUUAAGUGAAAUUGAAGACGUAUUCGCCAUAAUCAAGAUCUUUAUUAAGAAUAUGACAGAAGAUGAUAUUGAAAAGGUUCACCAUAUCGAUAUUAGAACAAAGAAAAUUCAGAAAUAUGAGCAAGAAUACCAUUCGAACCCUGAUAAGGAUAUACUAGAAUUUGUUAAAGUAUAAUUCAACUUAGAA